GCAAAUGUUUAUGCGCGCGCGCGUGUGCGCGAGAGAGAGAGGGAGAGAGCAUUUGUGUAUUAUACCGCGCACUGGCAAACCCCCUUGCUUUUCAUGUCCGAACGGGGGGGGGGUCGCCCUUUCCUUAAAUUAGCAGAUUUAUUUUGUCAACAGUGCGUCGGUCUAGCGCUUUGAAGUGCCGGCACGCAGCCGGAGCAAACAGGGGCGAGCAUUAGACGCGGUUCUUUGAUCAGCCCCCGCUGCUUUGCGCUUUAAUCAGCCACGGCUUCACUGCUCCACAACCGCGCGUCAUGCCUCCUUGGGAUCAAAGCGGGGGCCCUGGCAGGUUCAUACGGCGAUGACGAUGUCCAACAUCGGUCGAGGUUGCUGAUUAGGAUCGCGCGGCCGGGCGGCAAAGGAACUGUAGCUAAUUAAGAAGAAGAAGAACAUUCUAAAGGUUUUUGACAUCGAUGAGCAUUUUUUCCCUCGAGGCUGGACUUUUUUUUUGGGGGGGGGGGGGCGCCUUUAACAAUUCCAUUCCGGCUCAGCGGUUUGAGGCUUUGAAAGGCGCCUUGUUUGCUCAAUUGAGAAGUUCCGUUUAUCUGAAAGCGCCUUUUGAUCUUAAUAAAACGGCCGCAGCCUAUAAGGAGGAAGGGGGGGGGGUGUAACGGAAUCGGUUUUGUGUUUCAUUUUGCAAAAUUGGCAUCGAAAAGGUCAUACAUUGGGAGGUUCAUCAUCAUCAUUAUUAUUUUUCUUGUGUAACAGGAAACACACGGAGCGGCUGUAUAGCUUAGGCAAAUCACAUCUGCGGCUAUCAGCAUCAUCUUUCUGAGCAGUAGCCGGGAGGUUUAUAAGCCAGUUACUCACAUCUCAUCCGCCAGUUCCUUCAGAGCGAGAGAUAACAGGCAUCACAGUCACCCCCAACAAUCCGGAGGCGUGAGCGCCUCACGACAGCGGCAGAGUCGGGAGAGAGAAAACAAUAUAUGUGCGUACAAAUAAUAAUAUAACAAAAAUGUCACACGUCACGGCUUUUAAGAUUGACAAUUCCGCACUCUAGUUUACACCCAUAGCCGGACAAGAGCCCUUGAUGUUUUUUUUCUUUUAAUAGCAGCAACUUGAUUCCACAUUUUACGGAUCAUUGUCGCCGCAGCAUCACAAUGCGGUGCUGAAAAACGCAGCUUACUUCGAGAUAGAACGCUCAGAAACUUCUAAAGAGGCGAACGCAUCAACGAGGAAUUUCCAUCUCCGCAACUGACCCAACGUUACUCGACAACGGCACGGCAACUGAGCCUGUGGAUUUAAACCGGGACUCUGCAGAGAAGGAGAGAGGAGGAGCGGCAGACCUCGACGAGAGCUAUGGGAGGAAAGCCCGCGACCGAUUUGAUGUCGCUCUUGGCACUGGCCAUGCUGAGCCUACACGUUGGGACGUUGCUGGGCACAUCGGCCGUGCGACACGGCGGCGAUCAGCCAGCAACACGCAGGGGCGACCUGCAGGAGCGGACGAGAUCGCUGGACGGGACGUCGCCGGGCGCAGUUGGUAACAGGAGCGUGUCCGGGGGGCACGGCAGGGAAGGGGCUCCUCGUCGGUCCAGGCAGCGCCAGGCAGGCAGAGGACGCAACCGAAGGCGUCAAGAGAAGCUGGAGAUGCUGAGUGACAGCCCGGAGACCUUCGUGCUCAACCUGGAGAACAUCCCAGAUCUGUCGCGAGCGGACCUCGCUGGACACAACCCUAAUAUCCAGGUCACAAUCGAGGUGGUGGACGAGGCGGAGGGAGACGUGGACAUGGAGCUCAAGCACAACGGCGGCGGCGGCGGCGGCGGCGCUUGGCGGAGUGGCGCGAGUUCGCGGCACGGCGUGCCGGCGGCGGCACGGGCUUCUCGGCAACCCGGGCGCGAGGGCUGGUGGCGCCCGGGCGCAGGCGCUCGCAGGGCCGAAGGCGCCGCACUUAACCCAGUGCAGAGAGAAGCUGUCUCGGCUGAGGAAAGCAACUUUCUCAACCCACUCUUUGGAUGGUUUAGAGGCCUUUUCACCACUAAACCGUGGGGAGCCACCGCAGACGCUAAGUAUGAUGACGGAGAACGAGAGGGCCAGUGGGGUCCCUGGUCUUCGUGCAGCGUCACCUGUGGCAGUGGCAGCCAAAAGCGUACGCGCUCCUGCGGUUACUCCUGCACUGCCACAGAAGCUCGUACAUGCGACCUGCCCGGCUGCGCUGGAAUGGAGGAUAUAUUUAAGCCGGCAACAUCCAAUGUGGAGCUCUUAGCACAGGAUAACCGCAAUUCUACAGACAUCCUUGGAUCUGAUGUGGACAACUGCGAGAGAUGGGUGACUUGUAGGGCUGAGUUCCUGGUUACAUAUCUGCAGAAGGUGUCAACAGAGCUGCCCAACUGCCCCUGCGCAUACCCAACGGAAGUGGCCUAUGGGACCACCGAAGUUCUGGACGCUCAGCUGGGCCGCGACUUCCGCUGGAAGGACGCCAGCGGCCCCAAGGAGAAGCUGGAGGUGUACAAGCCCACGGCGCGCUACUGCAUCCGCUCCCUCCUCUCCCUGGAGAGCGCCACACUGGCGGCGCAGCACUGCUGCUAUGACGAGGGAAUGAGGCUUCUCACACAGGGCAAGGGCGCCGGAACGCCUAACCUCAUCAGCACUGAGUUCUCCUCAGAGCUCCACUACAAGGUGGACAUCCUACCCUGGCUCAUUUGUAAAGGCGACUGGAGUAGGUAUCACCAAGCGCGGCCACCCAACAAUGGCCUGCAUUGUACAGAGAACCCGACAGAAGAGGUCUUCAACGCUCAAUUAAAAGAUGCCAAAGAGUUCUGAGGACACUUCUUGGAACAAAUUUUUUAAUGCUGUUACACAUUUCCAGGACAUGAACUUACACCAAGGACACGAGUUGGUUGUGAAAUUGCUUAGCGGUUUGUUUUGAACACGUUUGUUAUGGAUUUCUGUAACACAGCUAAAAGAAGAUAAGGACUGUAGCACUACAAAUGAUUGUACUCCAUGGGAUUCCGGUGACCCGUGUGUAAAAAGCCAAGUAAAUCCCAUCAGAAGUCUCCAAAAAUCAUUGUUAUUUCCUUUUAGUUGCUCCCGGCAAAUUUGAGGCAAGGACCGGAAGGCCAGAGAAUGCUUUUCCCUGCCAACCACAGCAUUCCUGGACAGAUUUCAUCAUGCCUUCUGUGUUCCCUUAGCCAGUGUGUUUCCCCUGCAGGUGAUUCUUUCCAUGCGAGUGACCCAGGGCAUUUGCCCAUCUGUUGGCGCUCAAUGAUACAUCAGUGGCAGGGCCUGACAGCUGGCUGACAUCGGGGGCUCAAAGGCAAAGUCAAUUCCACUCACGUGGAUCCAAUCAGCCUCAGGGCCUGUAUGCUCCUUUCGAAGCUGUUGUGACCUGGACAUGUCAAAAAGGUCACGCGUUUUUCCGAGCCCUUGUAUUUGUAUUAACCAUAGGCUGUCAAUAUUUCUUUUAAAGUUUUUUUCUAAUGUAUAUGACUAUAGCAUGAUAUUGUAUGUUAAUUAUAGAUUGUAUUUUUUGCCGAAUACAGAACAUCUAGGACUGGAAAAGCAAGGGUGGUGAAAUCUAACCGCUUAUUUAUGCAUUGACAUUUACUUUAAAGAAACUGGUUUAUUUUUGUACUACUUGUACUAAUUUAUUCACAGAAAACUGCUUUUUUAUGCAGGGAAACAUAUUGUAUAUCAGGAACACUGCAAUUUUCAAUGCAUCAAUGUGGUAAUAAAAGAUAAUUAAAUGUGUUCUAAAAGAGUCUGGAUUAUUCUUAAGGUUAAAAGCAUCUGAUUCUAAAAAAGAGAUGUAUAUAUUAAAAAAAAUAUCUUAAACAUUUGUCUAAAUAACCAUGGUUUUUAACAGUUGUAUGUGUGUAACCAGAGUUAACAAUGUUAUAAAAUGUAAACAUUAAAAAUGCUUACCCUAUAGUGGGGUGGAGUGAUUACCACACUGUAUUAUCAAUCUGACUUACAUGAGUAGCAUUUCUGGCCAUGGCUAACAUCAGUGAAAAGUAAAAUAUGAACCAGUCCUGGGCCUCCCCAUUUACCAACCCGCACUGACCCUAUGUGGUGAAGUAUGGUAAAACAACCCCCAUUUCUAACAACUAUAGGGAGGCCUUCAUCUUGUAGUGGAUUGACAAAAGGCUGUAAAUUGCAUAUUUGUUUUAAUCUUACUGAAUAUCUGAUAAAAGCACGCACUAUAUUAGCUAUGCUGGAAUAUCCUUACUACAUGUGUAAGCUAAGAAUCGUUCUAGGUAAACUAGUCUUCAACAUUGCACACACAUUGAUACAAACAUGUCUUUUUUAGAAGGUUCCUGAAAUUAAGAAUACUACUUGAACCAUUUCCUUAGUGGUAUUUCCAGGGAAAAUACAGCAGAGUUCAUCCAAAUAGCUUAGACUAUGUAAAGUAAUACUGUGCAAUACACAUUUGAUGCAUCUUCAUCAAGCUCGUGAUGGAAACAAUGGCAAACUUGCAUGCUGGAAAAUCACGACGUUCCCAUAGAAAUCCCAAAAGUGUGUAAUAGUUCAGAGCAUAUAGCAGUAUAUACAUACCAAAAUACCCUCUUCAAAAUACUUAAACUUGUGAUGGAUAGCUUCAUGUAUUAUUCAGGAAACUCGCUUGUCAUUGAAUGAAUGUACCUCCUGAUUUAGCUUUAAGGAGAGGGAUCUGCUUUAUCUUCUAGAGUGAGCGGUUUCUCAUGGGACUGGCAGAGAUGACAGAUCGUUAUCGCAUCAGUCACUAAGCAGCCGGAAAGCCCUUGCAGAUUAAAGCAAGCUGCAUCGAAGUGUGCAAAUAGUCACCUGAUCCACCAUACACGUACGUGGUUGGUCGGCAAUUUACAUUUAACAGCAGGCAGGUUUCACGGCGGCUCUGUAAUAAAUAUUCAGGUACACUGUGUGAAAGGAACGAGGUGAAAACACUUUUCAGUCGUGGUGCUCCAUAAAACCUCUCGAAUGUUUCUAAUUUCGUGUCAGAAUCAGAAAUUCCCCUUGGCAACCACGUGUGCUCCAUUUACGUUGUGUGCUUCCACAACGUUACUUUGGAAGCGCAGGUGAUGGCAGUAUGGUCCUCAUUUUUGGAACUGAUUUUACAAUUGACCAUGUACGUUUCGUAAUUCGCGUGACGAUGCGGUUCCUUGGCAGUAAGUACUGCAAGAUACUGUUUAUAUGAUUACCAUUACAAGAUAACACGCUGGAUAGCAAACCACAUGCCAUAUUCUUCGGAUUAU